CUUCCUUAUCCGACUGGUAUCAUUCAUGGCCCCGUAAGAAGGAACGCUUCACAGGACCAAUUCAUUCACCGACGCUCUGAGGAAGCUCGUCCGCGGCAAUGGCGUCUCUCAACCUCUCCUCCUCCGUGGCGUCGUCGUCGUCGCCGUCGCCGUCUUCUUCUGCCGCUCGUUCGAUGCUCCGUGCGCCCGCGCUCUCUCUCUCCUCCUCGAAGCACUCCGUCUUCUCGCCCCGGUCCUUCCCCGGAUUCCAUCGACGCGCUUCCUAUCCGAGAAUUUAUGCUCUGUCCAGUAACGACAUAAAAGUCGGCACCAGCCUUGUCGUCGAUGGGGCUCCUUGGCGUGUUCUUGAAUUCUUACAUGUGAAACCUGGAAAAGGAGCAGCUUUUGUUAGAACCAAGAUGCGCAAUUACAUAACAGGAAACUCUGUUGAGAAAACCUUUAGAGCCGGAAGUUCGAUCUUUUGGAGAUUGCUGUCCAAACCAAGACUAUCUGAUAUCUGGAUCACUUUCCAGAUUGACGAGGCAGAUGUAUUCAAGGAAACCAAGCAAUUCACUUACAAAGAUGGUGCCCAGUUUGUCUUCAUGGACUUGACUACCUAUGAGGAAAUUCGUCUCAAUGAAUCAGAUGUUGGUGACGAGACAAAGUGGUUAAAAGAGGGUUUGGACUGCAAUCUGCUGUUUUGGAAUGGGAAGCAUUGUCUCUGUUGCAGAUUAUUGGCUUUGAAGUCCCAAACACAGUUAAGCUGAAGGUGGUGGAUGUUGACCCUGGUCUUAAAGGCGAUACUGCUCAAGGUGGAACGAAACCAGCGAAACUUGACACAGGUGCUAUGGUGAACGUCCCACUGUUUGUGAACAUAGGCGACGAGAUUUUGGUAGAUACAAGAGCUGGGCAAUACAUGAGUCGUGCGUGAGGUUUUAGCCCUGUAUGAUUCUUACUUACUCCAAACGUGUAGCCUUUUUUCUGUCGGACCUGUGACCUGUGAAAUCACUCGUGAGGCUUAGAUAGCAAAGAGUUAGUUGCCCAAAUUUCAUAGUUGAGCAAUUCUUUUUGUGUAGUCGAUUGUUGUAUUUAUUACGUAUCAUGUAUGUAAGAAAAGGGCAAGUUUUGUGCCCAAAGCUCUGGCCAAUCGAAAUAGCAGCGUAGAUACUUUGCAA